CGCGCGAAUCAUCCCCGCGAACCAUUCUAAAGAUAGAGAAAAUAAAAGUAACAGGAACCGCGAGCAGAGCUCGUGACAAGCUCCGCCGAGCCGUUCCUCUCGCGGAUGAGCUUGCUCGUCAAGCUGAAUCAAUCUUAUUCGCAAGGAAUGUACGCGGAUACACGCGGAAUAAGGAGCUUUCGACAGUGAGGAUACGUGCGCGCCAACGAUGUUCGCGUCUCUCUUCCUUAAUACGAAAUGAGGAAGAGGGAAGAUAGUGCAGCAGCGUUUCGCUGACAAGGAAGAGGACGUAACCAAGGGGGAAGCGUAGGCACAGCUUUUAGAUCGUGUGAAUCGAUUCGGUAGACCGGGUAGACGAUUCAAGUACGCGGCGCGGCGGUUCGAGGGAAAUCGCAUUUUCAGAUACCAGGUGAUUCUUCGUGGUCUCACCUUUCCUCUAUCCUUUCGAAAGACGUGGAUCAAUCACAGUGGACCGGUUCUUAACCAUUUUUCGCUAAAACCACCCCUGAUCGACCCUCUUCUCGUGAAGUGAUCGAUACUCGUGCAAAGACACUUGUUAACUGUGUCUGGUGAUUUUAAAUGUUGGUGUUUAAGAAAAUUUCCACAAAGCUUCGUUCCGUCUCAAAGAUAAUACAGUUUCGAAAGGAUAUAGACAAAGAAGUCUUUAAAUUCAGGAAAUCAAUUGAAAUUCACCGUUGCUUUAAUUCGAUCCAAGCUAUAGAGCACAUAAAGCAGACUGGAAAUAAAGGAAAAGUAAGAUGCAUCUCGCAAACUUCAACGUGGCAUCCACUAUUCGGCUUCUAGCCGAAGUUUAAGUGAUGCAUCAUUGAAAGCAUAAGUCAAAAGAUGAACGGAUUGAAAUUUUUCACCUAACUGUGAAAACUUCGACGACAGUGUCAAAUGGAAUGCCAACGAGCGAACAUUUUGUCGAAUACUUAAGCUUCCUCAAAGUAAAGCGACAACCGGCAACCAGAGCGGACAGUGAGUGAUUAAAGUUAAAAUUGGACGAUUUUGGUUUCCGUUGCGUCCAAUCUUUCAGGACCGUUUAGUGAACCCUUUGACGCGAGUGAUUUCACGACUUUACCCAGAAACAGCAAUCCCGUCGACGCUUAAUUGAAAUUGCGCGCUGCUUUUUCGAAUCAAUUGAUUGCUGUGAGGCUGUUGAUUUGUCGUCAACGUCGAGAUUAACGAGGCCCAAUUGGCAAGCUCCAGUUUUCGUGAGACGAUCCAGAAAACGUGGUAAUUGUUCGAACGAACGGCGUGUGUGUUAGUGUUUCCUUGUGUCCGCGGGCGGAGACGAACAGAUUGCCUUAACAUGGGUUGCGAACUUAGCAAACUUGCGACCGCCAAGUCGCCGAAUCAAACUGUCACAGAUCCACGACUACCACUCACGGCGAGACAAAAAUUUACGGUUAUGGCUAGCUGGAAAGCUGUAUCUAGGGCACUCGAACCAACUGGAGUCUACAUGCUUAUAAGGUUGUUCGAGGAAAAUGCCGAACUGUUAAAUAUGUUUACACAAUUUCGUGAAUUGAAAACGAAAGAACAGCAGUCCAAUAGCAUGGAACUGGCUAAACAUGCAGAAACAGUGAUGUCUGCCCUGGAUGAAUGUAUCAAAGGGCUCGACGAUAUGGACGUCUUCCUGACUUGCCUUCAUCAAGUUGGAGCCACGCAUACAAAGAUUCCGGGUUUCAAUCCACAAUAUUUUUGGAAAAUUGAGAAACCAUUUCUGGAAGCUGUGGAACAAACUUUGGAAGAUCGAUACUCGGAGAACGUGGAGAACAUUUACAAGAUGACGAUCAAAUUCAUUAUCGAGACUUUAAUCGACGGCUUCGAAAAAGCUCAAAAUGACAAGGCACAAAGCGACACCGCUAAAUCCUAGUUGUCUUGGUCGUAAAGAAGCAAACAAGCUUUGGUGCCCGAUUGAAAAAUUUCCUGAUCGCCUUGUUAUUCAGGAUUCGGUUCCCGGAUGAUAAAGGAUCGAUUUCGAUGGAUGAAAUGGAUCGUUUGAACACACAACCGUUCAUUUAUUCCAAAAAUAUCUCCGUUUCUCCGUUAUCUGCAAUGUGAUUCACACGAUUGAGUAUAUACAUGUUUAACGAGAGGACUCGGAGACAAUGUUGUGCGACGUGUUACCGUCAAACAAUGUUCUUUUUUACAGGAGUGCGAGUACUACUCCGUGGUUGGUUAGGUUUGAAAUCUUCUUUCUUCGAGCAGGUCUCGGUGAUGAAAGAUAAUUCGUGAAUAAAAAAAAAAAUAGCUAUGAUUAUUGUAUCGCACGUUUGGUCGUUUCGUCCAACAAGUAACGAAACGAUCCAUGAAAUGAAUUCUUCUGACGGUCAAAGAGAAUAAACACCACGAUAUCCUUUCAGUUUUAUUAACCUCAAACAAGUGAAAGUGCUCUUUCAUAUACAGUG